CUGGCGGCGACGGGGUGGCUGUUGCUGCUGGCCCUGCUGCUGGGCGAGUCGGGGACGCGGGCUCUCGCCUGCUUACCCUGCGACGAAUCCAAAUGCGAAGAACCUAAGAGUUGCCCCGGUAGCAUCGUACUGGGCAUCUGCGGUUGCUGUUUCAUGUGCGCUCGGCAACGGAACGAGAGCUGCGGGGGAGUCUACGGGCUGCACGGAGCUUGCGACCGGGGGUUGCGCUGUGUCAUCCGACCGCCGCUUAACGGAGACUCCAUCACCGAGUACGAAGUGGGCGUCUGCGAAGAUGAAAACUGGGAUGAUGAUCAGCUUCUUGGAUUUGAACCAUGCAAUGAAAACCUUAUAACAGGUUGUAACAUAAUCAGCGGGAAAUGCGAAUGUGACACCAUUCGGACCUGUAAUAAUCCAUUUGAAUUUCCAAGCCGGGAUACUUGCCUGUCGGCCUUAAAAAGGAUUGAAGAAGAGAAACCUGAUUGCUCCAAGGCCCGCUGUGAAGUCCAGUUUUCUCCUCGCUGUCCAGAAGAUUCCAUCUUGAUUGAAGGCUAUGCUCCUCCUGGUGAAUGCUGUCCACUCCCGAGCCGUUGUGUGUGUAAUCCUGCAGGCUGCUUGAGGAAGGUUUGCCAGCCUGGCUAUUUGAACAUUUUGGUUUCUAAGGCAUCAGGAAAGCCAGGGGAAUGCUGUGAUCUCUAUGAAUGUAAACCAGUGUUCAGUGUGGAUUGCAGCACAGUCGAAUGUCCUCCUGUUCAGCAAGUUGUUUGCCCACUGGAUAGCUAUGAAACCCAAGUCAGGCUGACGGCUGAUGGCUGCUGUACCCUGCCCACAAGAUGCGAGUGUCUCUCUGGUUUAUGUGGUUUCCCCAUGUGCGAGGCAGGCUCCGUUCCUCAGAUAGUCUCGCGUGGAGAUGGAACACCUGGCAAGUGCUGUGAUGUCUUUGAAUGUGUCAAUGAAGUAAAGCCAACUUGCAUAUUUAACAGCAUGGAAUAUUAUGAUGGAGACAUGUUUCGAAUGGAUGCUUGUCGGUUUUGUCGAUGCCAAGGUGGAGUCUCUAUUUGUUUCUCUGCCCAGUGUGGUGAGCUACACUGCGACAGGUACUAUGUGCCAGAAGGAGAGUGCUGCCCGGUGUGUGAAGACCCAGUUUAUCCAAUAAAUAACCCUGCUGGCUGCUAUGCCAAUGGUCAGAUCCAAGCUCACGGAGACCGCUGGCGAGAGGACGACUGUACUUUCUGCCAGUGCAUCAAUGGAGAUCCACACUGUGUUGCAACGGCCUGUGGGCAGAGCUGUCUAAAUCCUGUUAAAGUCCCUGGGGAGUGCUGCCCUGUGUGUGAAGAACCAACAUACAUCACAAUAGGUCCGCCCACCUGUGAGAUUUUGGUGAACUGCACUUUGACUGAAAAAGACUGUAUCUAUAGCUUCAAACUGGACCAAAAUGGUUGCCGCAUUUGUCAGUGUAAAACUAGGGAGGAGCUGUGCACCGGCCUCAUUUCAGGCUGUUCCUUGGACUGUUCCUUCGGCUUCCAGACUGACGUCCACAACUGUGAGAUCUGUCAGUGCCGACCGCGGCCCAAGAAGUGCAAACCCAUUGUAUGUGACAAGUACUGUCCCUUUGGAUACUUGAGGAACAAGCAUGGGUGUGAAAUCUGUCGGUGUAAGAAAUGCCCAGACCUGCCCUGUGGUAAAAUCUGUCCGAUGGGCUUCCAGCAGAACAGUCACGGCUGUGUUAUCUGCAAGUGCAGAGAGGCAACGGCUUCUCUUAUGCCUCCUGUUAAAACAGGCUCUUGCCUGUCAAUGGAUGGGCGCAGACAUGAGAAUGAGGAGGGCUGGCACGAUGGCUGCAGGGAAUGUUACUGUCACAAUGGACGGGAAAUGUGUGCCUUGAUCACCUGCCCUGUUCCUAAUUGCGGCAACCCCACCAUACAUCCAGGGCAGUGUUGUCCAUCAUGUCCAGAUGAAAUAAUUGUGCAGAAGCCAGAGCUCACCAGUCCAUCAAUCUGUCAUGCUCCUGGUGGGGAAUACUUUGUAGAAGGAGAGACAUGGAAUAUUGAUUCUUGCACGCAAUGUACAUGCCACAGUGGACGUGUCCUGUGUGAGACUGAAGUCUGUCCACCGCUGCUUUGUCAAAACCCCACCCGCACACAGGACUCCUGCUGUCCACAGUGCCCAGACGAGCCUCUUCAACCCUCUUCAUCAAGCAAUGAGAGCAUGCCCAGUUAUUGCAAAAAUGAUGAAGGAGAUAUUUUUCUGACAGCUGAGUCCUGGAAGCCCAAUGUCUGCACUAGCUGCAUUUGCAUGGAUGGUGUGAUUAGAUGCUACUCUGAGUCUUGCCCACUGGUAUCCUGCGAGAGACCUGUUUUGAGAAAGGGACAAUGUUGUCCUUACUGUAUUGAAGAUACAGUUCCAAAGAAAGUGGUCUGCCACUUCAGUGGGAAAACAUAUGCAGAUGAGGAACGCUGGGACAUUGACAGCUGCACACACUGCUACUGCCUGCAGGGUCAGACUCUCUGCUCCACUGUCAGCUGCCCACCCCUCCCUUGUGCUGAACCCAUCAACGUGGAGGGAAGCUGCUGUCCCAUGUGUCCAGAGAUGUAUGUACCUGAACCUACUAACAUCCCCAUUGAGAAGACAAACCAUCGAGGAGACAUUGAACUUGAAGUGCCAAACUGGCCAACACCGAGUGAAAAUGAUAUCAUCCACAUUCACAGAGACAUGAGUCAUCUCCAGGGAGAGUACAGAAGUGGCAGUGGACCACACCCAAGCGAAGAUGCCUCCGUUAGCUCUGUUGCCUUGGUGACAAUUCCAAUCACGAUAGCGCUGUUAUUGAUCAUCGUCCUUCUGCUCAUCAAUCAGAAAAAGCAGUGGAUUCCAGUGUCCUGCUACAAAGCUCCAACAAAGCCUUCUUGCCUAAACAAUCAACUGGUAUAUGUGGACUGCAAGAAAGGUACCAUGGUCCAGGUGGACAGUUCUCAGAGGAUGCUAAGAAUUGCAGACCCAGAUUCAAGAUACAGUGGAUUUUACAGCAUGCAGAAACAGAACAACCUACAGGCAGAUAAUUUCUAUCAAACAGUUUGAAGAAUUGCACCCUUACCAAGGAUUUAAGAAAGAGAGAGGGAGAGAGAGACUAAGUCUGUUAUUAAAAUAAAACUAGAAUUGUGCACUUGCUUAGUGGAUUGUAUUGGAUUUGUGACUACAUGUACAGCUCUAAGACCUUACUGGGAUGAGCUCUGACUCCUGCAAUGUGCCAGAAAAAGCAUUCCCACUUUUCCUUGAGAUAACUGACCAAGUGUUUUCUUAGAACCAAAGUUUUAAAACUUGUUAAGAUAUAUUUGCUUGUAACAUAGCUAUAGAGGUUUUUUGGGAGGGGGAAUCAGGGGCUAGGAGUAGGCAAUGAGGUAAAAGGAAGCUUCAGAGAAGAAAAGCUGGUCAUGCUUGGCUGGAGAAAAAAAUGAAUAAAGAAUACUGCCAGGCAGCAGGAUAGUGGUUUUUCUUGUUGCUCUGAAAUUGCAUCUGUUGCAGCAAAGCCUAACCCCAGGUGAAAAAAAUAUGAAAAGGUCUGAUUUUUGUUUUUUUCCAGCUGUUGCUACAGUAAUAUACUCCUAGAACAGAAUUUGUCACAUCACAGGUGUGGUGUAGCUGCAAAUAUUUUUCUAUAUGAUGAGAAGCUGCAGUAGUUAAUGAAAUAGCAAGGAAAAGGUUAUAGCAGAAAAUAAAGGGUGGGUUUAUUAAGGAUGUAUAAAAUUAUACCUUGUGCUGCUUUUUGUUUUUAUUUUUGUUUCUUCGAAGCUGAUUGGCUAGAUUAGCCGGACUUCGGCAGAGUUAGCAAAUGACUGAGGCCUAAGUAAUUCCUGAUAUGAGCACUGGAUCUUUUGACAGCAGUAUUGAAGGAAGGAAGGAAAAGUCAAGAACACCAUGCAGUUCCAGGGGCUUUUGUUUGUUUGUUUUGUCUGUUGUGGUUUUGUUUUGUUAUUUUAUAUCAAUCUCUGGUUGUUCAUACAGGAGAAGGAAAAAUAUUUUUGUUGGACAAAGCUCUUGCUUACGAGAGAGUAAAAAAGAGACUGUUUUAAGGUUGUUUUUUUCCUGUUGAUGUUCUUAUUUACUGGUAUGCAGAUUUAGAAACUACUUCCAUGCUAGGAAGCUGCUUAAUUUUAAUUGUAUAUUACUCAAGCACCUUUUUUGAAGCUCAGAAAAAAAAGGAGAUCAUGCUUCUUUAAACUUUAGCAUUAUAGGAAUAUUUAUGUAAAUAUAAUUAUGCUAAAAACAACAAAAAGUAUUUGUAUGUUUGUGUAUAUAUAUGUAUAUACAAAUGCAUGUAGGUAUACAUAUGUAUAUAUACGUGCAUGUGUAUAUACACUAUACAUAUAUAUACUGUAUAUAUAAAAUACUAUGUAUACAGUAUAUAUUUUUUCUAUUUUUUUUCUUGUUGAAUGUAUUUUUAUCUGAGAGAGAUUUUACCCAGAGCAGAAACAGAUAAACAGGCAUUCCAUAUCAAUGCUUAAUCGCUUGUGAGUUUAGGAAAGACAAGAAAAGAGCAUCUCAUUCUACCUACAGUUUGAUUUGAUUUGAAAGUGUUUGUGUGCGUGCGUGUGUGUGUGUGUGUGCACUCUUGUGUUUGCGUGUGUACAGUACGUGCACGAUUAUAGCAGUAAGCGUUGCUCUUGCUACUUGCUACAUUUCAGGGUGUUUCUUAUUUUUCUUUUCCUGCUUAGCCUUAAAAAGGCUUUUUAAUGAAUGCAUUGGCUAGAGACACUGAUGACAAUAUACAUGCAGCACUAAUCAGCUCCAUAGAAUAACACCAUCAGCUCCUGGAUUUUUUUUCUUUUUUUUUUUUUUCAAACAAUUGUUUGAAACAACUACUGGAAUAUUGUCCACAUUAAGCUGGAAGUGUGUUGUAGCUUGCCUCAUUUAUAACUCUGACUGUAUAAUACAAUGUUAACUUUCCAAACAGGUCUUGGCACUUUUAUACUAAUUACCCAUUUGUGCAUUGCCUUUUUUCUUUUACAAAUGCUUGUCAUAAGAGACACAGAUACCCAGUAUGCUUAAUGUGAAAAGAAAAUGUAUUUUUUGUAAAGGAACUCUCAAGUAUUGUUAUAAAUACUUGGUCAGAGGUUGCUGAACUUUAAAACUGAAAAAAAAACCUAAUUUAUUAUUAUAAUGACCUAAUUUAUUAAUCUGAAGAUUAACAAUUUUUUUGUUUUAGAAUAUCAAAAAGGUGUUCUAGCUGUUUGCAUCAAAGAAAAAAAAUAGGUGUAUCGUUAAGGGUCAACAUUUUUUCUGCUUAUAUAACUUCCGUUUCCAACCACCAGUAAGAAAAAAUGUGGUCUCCCCAGUGUUUUGUACUCAAUCUGAUAUUGAAACAGAGAUGUUUCUGUCCAGUUACCUUAAAGAUUUUGUCAAGACAAAACAUCCAUUCCUUGCAUAAGAGUAAGCAGUCUUUAUCCAGAAAUUGUAAAUGCUUGCUUUUGUUUUACAAUCAAGGCCAUAUUCUGAAAAUAUUAGCAGGAUAUAGGACAUGGUGUAAAAUGGUUUUUAUUAUUAUUAUUUUAUUAUUAUUAUUUUAAAGAUAUGAUUUAUCCUAUGUGCUGUAUCCAUUACACUCUUUUACUUUGGUUCCUGUUGUGCUCUUGUAAGAGAAAUGCAGAUAUAAUUUUCUGAAAAAUAGAUGCAUAUGUGGCACUCGGAGUGCACUGCGGUUCAGCAGAAUUGCUUGUUUACUUUUUUAACUGUAAGGCGGUUUCUUGUAAUUUGGCUCUUGGCAGCACAAUAAAAAAAUUUUA